CGAUGACCAGCGAUAGGUUACGUGGCAUUGGUGUCCGCGCAGACUCAGAUUACAACAUCCUUCGUCUAUCAUCGCCUGGAAGAUGAUGGCAGUCAAAAUGCAGUCUUGUGUGUUGUUAGUUUUGCUUUUGAACGUUUAUUACACCUUUGUCUCUUCGCUGUACUUCCACAUCGGGGAGACUGAGAAGAAAUGCUUCAUAGAGGAAAUUCCGGAUGAAACCAUGAUCAUCGGAAACUAUCGUACACAAUUGUACGACAAACAGAAAGAAGAGUACCUUCCUGCCACACAGGGUCUGGGGAUGUUUGUUGAGGUGAAAGACCCAGAUGAGAAGGUGAUCCUGUCUCGUCAGUACGGCUCGGAGGGAAGAUUCACCUUCACCUCUCACACCCCAGGAGAACAUCAGAUCUGCCUUCAUUCCAACUCCUCCAAGUUUGCCCUCUUCGCUGGAGGAAUGCUUAGAGUUCACCUGGACAUCCAAGUGGGAGAGCACACCAAUAACUAUGCAGAGAUUGCAGCCAAAGACAAGCUGACAGAGCUGCAGCUGAGAGUGAGACAGCUGGUGGAGCAAGUGGACCAGAUCCAGAAGGAGCAGAACUAUCAGAGGUACCGUGAGGAGCGCUUCAGGCAGACGAGUGAGAGCACAAACCAGAGGGUUCUGUGGUGGUCCAUCGUUCAGACAUUGAUCCUUGUGGCCAUUGGCUUCUGGCAGAUGAGACAUCUCAAGAGUUUCUUCGAAGCCAAGAAAUUAGUGUAGACCUGCACUCUCAUUUUGUUGUUUCUGAGUCUGGGUUGGGGAUCAAUUCAGUAAAUUCAGGAAGUGAACUUUAACUCUAUUAUUCAAUUGAAAAUUCUCCCAUUGUUUUCUAUGAGGCAUUUUUCAUUCAUCAAUUCAGGUUUUAAAUUCACUUCCAGAAUUGAUAAGUGAAAUGAACCCAACCCUGGUCUGAAUGCAGUACUCAAACAUCAGUCCGAAUGUGUGUUUGCUCCCAGAAGUAUAUGUGCAGACUGGUGAAGUUACCAUCCUAUCAGUGAAAACCACCCAAUUACUUUGUAUUUUGAUAGGACUCUGCUUUUGGAUUUUUAAGACCCUUUUAUGACAUUGAUAAUGCCCAUCCCUGUUUCUAUAAGAUAUCAGUCUGCAAUUAGUUUAUUUAUGAUCCUCUACAUUAUGCUAUAUGUUUUACUUUAGGCUGGGGAAAAAAUUGUUUUAUACUAUUGAUGAUAUCAAACAUGGUUUAUACUAUUGGUGAUAUCAAACAUGGUUUUAUACAAUUGAUGAUAUCAAACAUUGUCCUUCGACGGUUAAAACCACCUGUAUUUUUUUCUCAACACAUACUGCCCCCCGACGCCCCCGUAAUAUAUUUCUGUUUGUGACUGUCAGUCAUAUUACAGGCCGCAUCUCUUCUCUCAAAAUAACAGCUGUGUUUUCAAACUAAUUAGACAAUGUUCUCACUCUACAUGCAUUAUAAUGGGGUUUUGUUACUGGCUGAGAGAGAUCACCUAUUUUAGUUCAGAGCCAUACAACAGAAAUGGUGACUUGAUUUAUGAAAUGUAUUUUUGGUCAUGUGUGCAUACUGGUCUUUGUGUCUGGAUGUUUUUAUUUAGAUUCAAAUGAAUUUAUGUUUCAACCCCAGAUGUAUUUAGUGUCAGUUGUGGUCUGUGUGUUUAGAAACAGAAAGACAUCCAGCAUUUUUUUUUUUUUAUGGAGCUCUUGAAAAUGUGGAAUCUUCUCCUGUCUUGUUAGCCAGUAUCUGUAUUCACAAAGCGCAUUGGAGUAGGCUUUCUGAUCUAGUAUCUGUUACCCCUUGCUAUUCAUUUUGAUUUAAAAGUCAAAGCUGAUCCUAGCUCAGCACUUCUACUCUGAGACGCUUACUGAAUACGGGCUCUGUCUGUGUUUUAUUUAAUGUUCAAUUUAUAAAGCUGGAAAGUGAGACAAGAAACAUGACAUUUUAGUUAAAGGGUGGUGAUAGUGUCUGAUGUUAAUAUGGUAGUUCUAUGGAAGACAAAAAGUAAUGUGAAAUACUAGCUAUGCAUUUGCUUAAGUAAGAAAGCAGUUCACAGUUUCUCCCUAACUUGCUGAAUACACUGCCAAAGAUGUUCACUUACCACAAUCCAUUGACUUGAUGAUGGUCAAGUGAAUAUUGAUUUAAAGAGAUUUGCUUGUUUUUUUUCUCUCCAUCUAUACUGCAUAUCUAAGUGAACCAGGAGAGAUGGUGUUUUUGGCUUCUGUUUUGUCCAUUUCCUUUCUCCAAAUACUCAAGUAGAGUUAUGAAGACACUGAUUUAUUUCAAUAAAGAACUGCUGUCCAGGUUAA